AGCUCAGAAUUUCGGGGUACACAGCGCACAAAAAUACAACAUUUGCAAUUGUUGCCUUUCCCACUUUGGCCGUGACAUAGCGCGCAUAUAUACCCAGAGGCCUAUUGCAGGCACAAGGCAACAUGGCGGGCAUCAACUUUCCUGCCGAGGAAGAGCGCAUUCUGAAGUACUGGGAAGAGAUUGACGCCUUUCAAAGACAAGUAGAACUCACAAGGGGUCUUCCCCGAUAUACAUUCUACGACGGGCCCCCGUUCGCCACCGGUCUCCCCCACUAUGGGCAUUUACUCGCCUCUACUAUCAAAGAUGUUGUACCAAGGUACUGGGCCAUGAAGGGCCGCUAUGUCGAGCGACGCUUCGGCUGGGAUACGCACGGCGUACCCAUUGAGUUCGAAAUUGACAAAAAGCUGGGCAUGUCAGGAAGAGAUGCAGUCGCAAAGCUCGGUAUCGAGAAGUAUAACGCUGAGUGCAGGGCUAUUGUCAUGCAGUAUGCAUCGGAAUGGAGGACCACCAUUGGUAGACUCGGGCGUUGGAUCGACUUUGACAACGACUACAAGACGAUGAACUUUUCGUACAUGGAGUCAGAAUGGUGGAUCUUCAAGAGGCUUUGGGACAAGGGCGCUGUAUACCGAGGCCUGAAGAUCAUGCCUUACUCAACCGCCCUGAACACGGUCCUCAGUAACUUUGAGGCCAGCCAGAAUUACAAAGAUGUCCAAGACCCUGCCAUCGUGGUAAAUUUCCCCUUGUUGGACGACCCGAAUACAUGCCUUCUUGCUUGGACAACCACGCCGUGGACGCUGCCCAGUCAUCUCGCACUCGCUGCGCAUCCGGACUUUGAAUAUGUUAAGAUUCUCGAUGAGCAGUCUGGCAAGCACUACAUUUUGUUGGAGGCCUUACUGAAAACCAUCUACAAGGACCCGAAGAAGGCGAAAUUCAAGAUUGUUGAGAAGAUCAAAGGGAAGGAUAUGGCGGGCUGGAAGUACACCCCGCCCUUCGACUACUUCUACGAGGAGUUCAAAGACGUGGCUUUCAAGGUUGUGAACGCCACAUAUGUCACGACUUCAGAUGGUGUUGGUAUCGUUCACCAGGCCCCGGCGUUUGGCGAGGACGAUUACAAGGUUGCCUUAGAGACAGGAAUUAUCAACGACAAGAGACUUCCACCUAUCCCUAUUGACGAAUCUGGAAUUUUUCUCGACUCCGUCCGAGAUUUCAAGGGUAUGCACGUCAAGGCUGCAGACAAGGCCAUCAUCAAGAAUCUGAAGGAGAGAGGACGAAUCGUCGUGGACAGCCAGAUCAUGCACAGUUACCCAUUCUGUUGGCGAUCCGACACCCCACUGAUCUACCGAGCAGUUUCGUCAUGGUUUGUUCGCAUUCCCGAAAUUAUCCCUCAAAUGCUAGAGAACAUCAACAACUCGCACUGGGUGCCGGAUCAUGUCAAGUCGAAGCGAUUCACGGAGUGGAUCAAGAACGCACGAGACUGGGCUGUAUCCAGAAACAGAUAUUGGGGUACGCCUAUACCGCUUUGGGUGAACAGCGACUUCUCCGAAAUCGUUUGCGUAGGAAGUGCCAAGGAGCUCAAGGAACUUAGCGGAUACCAGGGAGAAAUCACAGACUUGCAUAAGGAUAAGAUCGACAAUAUCACUAUUCCAAGCAAGAAGGGCGGUGAGCCGUUGAGACGUGUCGACGAAAUUUUCGACUGCUGGUACGAAUCUGGAAGCAUGCCUUAUGCGGGUAUUCAUUACCCGUUCGAGAAUGAGGAUGUUUUCAAGGAGGCAUUCCCUGCCGAUUUCAUUGCGGAAGGGCUGGAUCAAACCAGAGGUUGGUUUUACACCCUGACAGUGUUGGGUACGCAUCUCUUUGGCAAGCUGCCAUUCCAAAACUGCGUUGUGAAUGGUAUAGUGCUCGCCGAGGACGGGAAGAAAAUGUCGAAACGGUUGAAGAAUUACCCCGACCCGAAUCUUGUCAUGAAGAACUACGGCUCUGACGCACUUCGCUUGUAUCUCAUCAACUCUCCCGUUGUGCGAGCAGAGUCUUUACGGUUCAAAGAGUCGGGCGUGAAGGAAAUCGUAUCAAAAGUUCUACUGCCACUCUGGAAUAGCUACAAGUUCUUUGAGCAGCAAACAGCUCUUUUGAAGAAAGUUGAGGAUCUCGAUUUUGUCUACGAUCCUGCCCUCGAGAAGACAAACACCAAUGUCAUGGAUCGGUGGAUCCUAGCAAGUAUUCAGAGUUUGCUGAAGUUCGUCAAUGCGGAGAUGGCUGCGUACCGGCUAUACACCGUCGUUCCCGAAUUGUUGAGUCUAAUCGACAGCACCACGAACUGGUACAUCAAGCUCAACCGAUCUCGCCUAAAGGGUGCGUUUGGUGUUGAUGACACUAAACAUGCCCUGAACACGCUCUUCGAAAUUCUCUUCACGCUAUGCCGUGCCCUUGCUCCUUUCACACCCUUCAUCGCUGACACCAUAUACCAACGACUUCUGCCGCACAUUCCCGACUCGAGGAGAGGCAAGGAUCCACGAAGUGUGCAUUUCCUAUCCUUCCCCGAGGUACGGGAGGAACUGUUUGACACAGUCAUUGAGAGACAAGUCAAGCGAAUGCAGGCGGUCAUUGAUCUUGGUCGCGUGUGUCGUGAGAGAAGAACCAUUGGUCUAAAGACGCCUCUUAAGACACUCACGAUCAUCCAUCCGGAUCAGGAGUUCCUCGACGAUGUCAAGAGCCUCGAACAAUACAUCAGUGAUGAAUUGAAUGUAAGAGACAUUGAAUUCAGUAGCGACGAGGACAAGUACAACGUGCAGUACUCUGUGUCAGCCAACUGGGCGGAGUUGGGCAAGAAGCUGAAGAAGGAUAUGGGGAAGGUGAAGAAAGCCCUACCCAGUUUGAGCUCGGAAGAUUGCAAGAGCUAUUUCAACACCGGGACAAUCACAGUCGAUGGCAUCAAGCUGGACAAGGGAGAUUUGGUUGUUAAGCGUGCACCAAAAGAAAGCGAAGCUUCGAAGACGCAAGAAUUCAACACGGACAACAGUGUCAUCAUCAUUCUUGAUGUGCAAAUGUAUCCCGAGCUGGAGAAGGAAGGCAUCGCUCGAGAAAUCAUCAACCGUAUCCAGCGUUUGAGAAAGAAAGCCAACUUGGUUCCGACAGACGACGUAGGAAUGGAGUAUAAGGUCCUGACCGACCCUGAUAACAUUGGAUUAGAGGAGGUGUUUGAGACGCAGAGUGCAGCGAUUGAGAAGGCGCUAAGACGACCUGUUGAUAAGCAUGUCGUUACUGAGGUGGAGGGAAAGAUUGUGGAUGGGAAGAAGGAAGACAUUAUUCUAGAGGAGGAGCAGGAAAUCCAAAAAGCGACGUUUCUGCUUAGACUUGUUAAGUUGUAGAAGCACGCAUGGGCAUAGACAAAGGCCUCUCCUUACGUAAAAACGCACGGCACAAAGAUGAGCGAUGAAGACAACAAUGAUGGACGGGUGAAGUUGAGGACAAAAAAAUUAAGUAGAUUAGUGAUUGAAGCAUGACUAGAUUGCGCUCAAUGCACAGUUUAUGGCGACUUAUUAGCCUUUACUGUACGCAGCCUGCAUAUUUGUUUAUCAGCGUUGUCUUCGAUGGCCAAGUCAUGCUACGUGCGCCGCACCGUAUAGC